UUUCCCCCAACGUGCACUCCCUGAGAGCGAGACCUGAAGCAAAUUGAAAGUGCAAAACCUACCUGAAGCAAAUUGAAAGUGCAAAACCCUAGCCGCUCAUUUCCGCCGCUGUCCCAAGCUCCUCAGCACCGCCGCCGUCCCAAGCUCCUCAGCGCCGCCGCCGUCCCCAGGUCCUCAGCGCCGUCGCUUCUUCCUCUUCCCCGUUUUGCAGAACCCAGAUAGCUCAGCACGUCUGUCUUCAUCUUCGUUGGCUUCUCUGUUCGUGGCUUGGAGUAGCUCGCCGUCGGGUCGCCACUUGCCGUCGGGUCGCCACUUGCCGUCGUCUCGCCUGUUGCCGUCCGUCGAAGGUUAGUGGCCUCCGCUUCUUCUUUUGAAGUUCUGAAAUUGUUGUUCAAUCAUGGUGGUUCCAUUUUUCUUGUAAUCUUCUGUAAUUGCUUGUUGCUGAUGGAUCUGUCUUGUAUUUGCUGGUUGCUGAUGGCUGUAAAUUUUUUUUUUCAAAUUUACGGAUGGCUGGCUCUGUUAGUCUGAUUUAGUGUUUUACUGUUUUGUAAUUGCUGGAUUUAGUCUGAAAUUUUUGUCAAAAACUUUAAUAAAAGCAUUAACUUGUUUUACUGUUAUCACAUUCAAGAACUUUAAUAAGAGCAUUAAGUUCAUCAGUUUGUGCUUUCCAUCUCGCUACAAGAGCUGACUAUGAGGAAACAGCGGAUUCUAAGCUGACCACUUUGUUGACCAGCUCCUCAAUCUUCUCUGCCAUUUCUGUCACAGUGAGAGUUGUAUGAGAGCCAGCCUCAAAGUGUUCUUUAAUCUCCUCCUGUAGUAACUGCACCUCCUGAUGAUGCUGACUUAUUUUUUUAGCAUCUUCUUCCAACUCUUGUUUCAAAUUUACUGAUUUAGUCUGAAAUUUUUGUCCAAAUUUACUGAUGGCUCUGUUUUGUAAUUACUAGUUGCUGAUGGCUCUUAAUUUUUUUGUUCAAAUUUACCGAUGGCUUUGUUUUGUAAUUGCUGGUUUUUCUGGGUGAAGGUUUAGUGUUUUGGAAUGUUUUAUAAUGUGCUAAUGUUUGUAAUUGCUAGCUUUGUUUGUUUGUAAUUGCUGGGUGAAGGUUUAGUGUUUUGUGAUUAUUGGUUAAUGUUUUGGUUUGUUUAUUGCGGAAUGCUGUAGGCGGAAUUCAGAUAUGGUCUUGUUGAUGAUUAUUGGUUACUGAUUUGAGGUUAGUGGAAAGUUGAGUCUGUGUUACUCUGUUUCAGGGAUUUGAGGUUGAAUUUGUGAUUUGUGAUUUCUUGGGUCUUUUGUAAUGCUACUGAUUUGAGUUUGGAAUUUGUGAUUACUAAUUUACUUAUUUGAGGUUAGUGAAAAGUUGAGCCUGUGUUACUCUGUUUCAAGGAUUUGAGGUUGAAUUUGUGAUUUGUGAUUGCUUGAGUCUUUUGUAAUGCUAUUGAUUUGAGUUUGGAAUUUGUGAUUAUUGAUUAGUGACUUGUUAAGCUGCUGUUGUUGUUAUGCACUUAUGCUGCUGUUUUGUUAUGGACUUAUGGCACCGAGUGUUUUGAAUUUUGAAUUUGUGAUAAGUGAUUUGUGAUUAGUGAUUUGUUAAGCUGCUGUUUUGAAUUAAUUUAGGCGUGAUUAUUUGUUAUGCUGCUGUUUUGAAUUAAUUUAGGGAUAAUUUAUGAUGUUUAUUUAUAAUUUAUUUAUUAUUUUAUUCUGAAACGGUUUUUCCAGUUGAACCGGUUGGAUCAAAGAACCAGUGAACUAGUAGCUAGAGCGGUUUGAUGACCGGUCCGGUUUUCCUAACCUUGGUCCGAACCGUGUUUGCUAAUAGUUCCUGGUUCGAACUGGUUUUCAGAACAUUGGGUUGAAUUAUUAAAAAUUUUGAAAUAGAAGAGAUUUGAAAAUGUCAUGUAAUAUUUAGAAAAAUAUAUUAUACUAAAAUAUUAUUUAUAUACUAAAAUCAGUUAUCAUACAAUUUUUUAUAAAAAUAUAAGUGAUUUAACUUAUUUUUAAUAUAUAUUUUAUAUUUUAGUAUAUAUUUUAUAUUAGUAAUUAAUUUGAGUGACUAGCAUGAUUAUAAAAUAUUUAAAAUGAAAAAAAAAACCAAUUGUGAAACAGAACCCUAACAAUAACAUGCCUCGCCAGUUCGAUUUUGCAACUCUUCUCAGUUCUCUCUUUUCUGUGUUCUGCUUCUGCUUCCGCUUUCGAUUUCACCAUUGCUGCGUCCGCCACUUUGCCUCUGCUUCUGCUGUUCUCGCUUUAAGGUAGCUAAACGGUUUCAGGCAAUACUGAUAAUCAUAGAGUGGAGAAUUGUGUUUUGUGAAGUAUCAUCAUUUUUUAUGUUAAGAGGAUAUGUUGUAUGCAACGAGGUAUGCAAUCCUUAAACUCCAUCGCUUUCUUCUGCCAUCAUCGAACUUACUUGCUUUUAUGCCAUAUGCCUACCGUACAAGGCUAUGUCUUCUUCAUUCACAACCACUUCCAUCACGAGACGCUUACAAAUUUGAUAAUGUUGAAGAUGCUGUAGCUUUAUUUAAUUGCAAGGUUGAUAUGCAUCCGCAGCCAUCGAUUGUGGAAUUGACCAAAAUCUUGGGAACGAUUGUAAAGAUGAAGUAUUAUGCCACGGCUAUUCAUCUUUAUACCCAUAUGGAGUCAAAGGGCAUCCUACCAUUUAGUGUUACUUUGAACAUCAUGAUCAAUUGUUAUGGCCAUGCAGGUCAGAUGGGUUUUGCACUCUCGGUAAUGAGCAAGUUUGUUAAGUGGGGUUUUAAGCCAAGUGCUGUAACUUUUACUACACUAAUGAAGGGGUUGUGUCUUAAUGGUAAGAUUUUGGAUGCACUCUACAUUUAUGGUAAAAUAGUUGCAAAAGGAUUUUGGUUUGAUGAAGUUAUGUACGGAACUUUAAUCAAUGGACUGUGCAAGUCUGGAGAAACAAGAGUUGCUCUUCAAAGGCUUUGGAAAAUGGAGGGUCAGUUUGUUAAGCCGAAUCUUGUAAUGUACAAUAUUGUUGUUGAUGGUUUGUGCAAAGAUGGACUUUUGAAUGAUGCACUGGAUUUAUAUUUUAAUAUGCUUGGUCGAGGAAUUUCCCCUGAUAUUGUUACUUACACUUCAUUAAUAUAUGGUUUUUGUCAUGCGGGCCAAUGGAAAGAAGCUGGAUUAUUGCUGAAUGAGAUUUUUGUUAAAGACAUCAGCCUAGAUGUGUAUACCUUUAACAUAAUAAUUGAUGCAUUAUGCAAAGAAGAGAUGCUAUUACAAGCCCACGAUUUGUGCGAUGUGAUGAUUCUAAGGGGCCAACAACCAAACAUUAUUACUUACACAAUUUUGAUGAAUGGAUAUUGUUUGAACAAUAAAGUUGAUGAGGCAAGAAACUUAUUUGAUAUGGUAAUUGAAAGGGGUGUUGUGCCUGAUGUUUGGAGUUAUAACAUCUUGAUUAAAGGUUAUUGCAAGAUUAACAGAGUGGAUGAGGCCAGGAAUUUGAUGAAAGAUAUGUUUCGUAAGAACAUAGUUCCAAACAUUGUAACUUACAAUACUCUAGUUGAUGGCUUGUGCAAAGCUGGUAGAAUCUCGUCUGCAAGGGAGAUUGUUAAUGAAAUGCAUUAUUGCGGUCAACCAUUCCCUAAUGUAACCACUUAUAAUAUCAUUUUAGAUUUCGUGUGCAAAAACCAGCAUCUUGAUGAGGCAAUUAGAUUAUUUAAAAGUCUCAUCUUUGAAAGACGUUUUGUUCCAAAUGUUUGGAGUUACAAUAUCUUGAUUAGUGGUUAUUGCAAGAAUAAAAGAUUAGAUGGAGCCAUGAAUCUUUUACAAGAUAUGUUCAAGAAUUUGGAUCCAAAUAUUGAAACUUACAAUAUAUUGUUACACGCGUUAUGCGACAGACAGCAACUUGGCAAGGCAGUUAUACUAUUAUACCAAAUUAUUGAUGAUGAUAUUUGUCCUAAUUUGUACACAUACAAAAUACUUGUACAUGGUUUAUAGAACUCUGGAAGAGUAAAAGAAUGCACAGAAGAUUUUUCAAUCAUUUUUUCAUCAGAGAAAAUCAUGCAGAUAUCAAAAACAUAAUCGAUCAUCUUUGUAAAGGUGGAUCAUCAGAAUAGGGAAGCCCUUGAUUUUACAAUGGGAAGACAAUUAAAACCUCUAGUGCUGUCACUUCUAGAGAAAAGAAAAACGAUGAGGCACAAAUUUUUCUGGAAAUGAUCAUUAGAUGCAUGGCAAGCAAUAAGAUACCUAGGGAUUGGAAAAGUGGCGGCAUAUAGUUCUUUCGACCACAACAUUUUUGUUGAGGAGGCAGUGAUGGAGACUUUACCUGGCAUAACAAAGUACUCUGAUUCAUCCUUUAUGCUUUCCCUCACAUCAUUGGUGUGCAAACUGAGUACACAAGAGACAGAAACAACUUACUUCGGCAAAAGAAAUCCCAGGAAUGCUGAUUUUGUUGGCAAUGUGGAUUGUAUGUGGCAAACAUGUAUCAGAAACUAUGCAGCUCGGCAGCGGCACCAACUCUUCGAAAACCUUCUCCACCGGUUCCCACAAAAAUGCUUGUUGCGUUCAACAAAUUAACGGCAUUGCCAAGUGAAGGUAACAUAUAAAAAUUCUCACACCCUUCUAGCAAACCAGCCUCUUGAUGUGGAAAUUGAUGCUGAAUUAAUUGAAUCUGAUAACCAGAAUCAUUGUAACGAGCAAAGGUUUGGGGUUUAUGUGAUUCUUGGUGCAUUUUGUGGGGUUGUGGUUACCAUGACAACAUAGUAUUUUUUGCAAUGUCCAUCACUCGGAUCAUGUGACCUUGUGCCUCUAAAAGGAACCCAACGAAAUGGAGUUGUGAUGUUAUGGAAUCCAUUUUUGUUUUGGUUGAUAUCGUAACUAGAUUUAGUCCAUUGAAUUUGGGUGGGUUUAAUUCGUUUACUUGUGUGACAUCUAUAACUAACAUUCCUUUCUUGGUAUGUGUGUCUGCUUUGUUGUUCACCACACUUUAUCAAUUUAUAAUUAUAAAGAUGGCUAGCAAAAUAGUAAAACUUCAUCCACAAGCUUCGUUGGUGAGACACGUGUUUCUUAUGUUAUUACAAUUCUGUCCUACAUAUACAUUGUUAUUUACAACCUCUGUCCUUUUUGUAUCUUUCUUUUAACCCAUUUGAAGCUGAAAAGGUGAGGGAACUACUUAUUUCUGGAAUUCUCUCCUGCAAUGUUUUGAACUGUUGCAAGGUCCCUUUUUGUCUACUGGAUCGAAGGCAGAGGUGGCUUUAGCAAUCCCCAAAUCACUCUUUCGAGUUCAAAUGCUGCUUUGUGAUUGGUUUCGUGGUAUAAACAUGGGAUUGCCGAGUAAUUAUCUUGCAGGUCAGAGUGAUUCCGGAGCAAGAUACUAUUCCAGAAGAGGUUGCAACCACCGACUAAGAGGGAUUUACAGCGACGAGGGUCAUACUGAAAAGCCAACCGAUGUGGACGGUGGAAGAAGUCAGGAACAGAUCUGAGAUCGACGUUAGUCUCCUGCUAACAGGAAAUGAUGGCUUACCUUUCCGAAGAAGUGCGAGCUGAGUCA